AAAAAAAUGAGUAAUACUAAUAAUGGAUUUAAUGAUGAAGAAUUGCUAAGAUUAAUAAAAUAGGAGCUACAUUAUCCUAAGUCUCCUGUUUAUGAUUAAAUAAGUGAUUAAUUUUCUUCUGUAAGUGAUGAAGAUGAUAUAAUCAUCAGAGAUCCAGCAUCUGAAAUAAGUAUAGUUAUAUUAUAAAUAUUUUAGCUGAUGAAUCAAGUAAAUCUUAGUAAUCUUAAAAGAAAAAAGGAAGAUGGAAAUAUGUAGUCAAUUUAAAUUAAUAUUGUUUUUAAGUGUUGUUAAAAAUGUACAAAAUCAGACAAAGGAUCCUUAAAACCAAAGACAUGUGUAUGUAUAGUUCCAGCAUCAUAAAGAAGAAUCUAAAUAGGAGAAUAAGGAUGUCUUUCUUGUCAUUGCACAGGUUGUUCAAUAGAAGAUGAGAAGAAAAAACAAAAAAAGAUAAAAAAGAAAAAGAAAUCAUCAUCUGUUUCUAGUUCUGAUGAAUCUUCGGAUUUUAAGACUGUAAAUGGAUGUUGUAAAAAAUGUAUGAAAGCAUUUUCAAAAAAAGGGAAAGAAGCAAAAGUAAAAUAAUAAUAAUUAAUUAUAAUUAGUCUUGUUUAUGUUAAGUACCUAGAGCAGUUAGAAAGAAACCUCUACCUGCACAUGGUUGCUAAUAUUGUGGAUGUCAUGGAUGUAAUCCUGAAGAUAAGAAAAAAGAAAAAGUUAAAAAAAAUAGUAGACAACUUUCUCCUGUAUCAAAUGAAGCUACUGAGUAGAAUCUUAAUAAUUUUUAAAAUGCUCGUAAUUUUAGGUUAUGAUGUUAGCUUUAUUCUAAUGGCUUAAUGCAUAGAAUCUAAAUCCAGCCAUUUUAGGAAUUGGAAUACCCUAAAGGACAUACUCAUAUAUAUAUGGGAAAGAAUAAGGACGUUGAGAAUAAAAACUUAUAAAUUUAUUUAUAAUC